AUGUCAUCAAAUUGGCAAAGUCUGGUACGUAAUUUAACUCAGUCAUUGGACUCUCUUGAUGAUUUACCAACAAACAAUAACAAAAGUCUUAUACUGAUACCAACAUUCGGGAACGAUCAAAACGAUAAUAGUAAUAAACAAAAAUUUAUUUAUCGUUCAAAAAGUUAUUCAGGUUUUAAUGAAGACGAUUAUUUUUUAUCAUUAUCCAAUCCAAGUUUCAAAAUUUCAUCAUCGACACUUUGCAGGACGACUGUGCCGUUAAAUUUGAAUCAGGUUAUCGAAAAAGAGCCGUUAAAAACGGAUGAUAGACUACAAAAAGAAGAUAGCAUUGAAAGUCCCUUACCGAUACCAGAUUAUCAAGUACUAUUACCAGAUUGUUCCUCAUCUAUAUCAGGUGCCUACUCAGAAGUUAGUCAUUCAGACAAUCUAAACGAACAGCUUCAAAGAAAACGUCGUAUUAUGCAAUCAAAACAAGCGGUAAUGAAUGUUAUUGGUUUUUUCAAACGUCUAAGUUUAUUGUCCGAUUCUAAAUCAGAUAUUGAAAUAAAUGGUGUAUCAUAUGAUGAACAACUAUUUAAUAUGAAUAAUUCUUAUAUACUCAAAUAUGCUGAUUUGUCAAAAUCAACACAAAGUCUACAUUGUUUAACAAAACAGCAAAAAAUCCUCGAACAGCAUCUAUAUAAAGUGGCUUUGAUUCUUACUUUAAACGAACUACGAUUGGAUCAAGAAAAUCUACUCUAUCAGUAUCCUUUAGAUGUGUCUAUGGAUGAAAUAAAAAAUUAUCAACGAUUUUGUUUUCCAGAAUUAACAGCGACAACAACAGCCGUCCAAACGAAAGAUAUAUUAGUAUCUGAUUCAUCAACGUUUGUAUUUACUCGUGUUUGUUCUGAUGGUAAAAUUGAAUAUGGUUAUUGUCGACGUUUGACUACUACAAAAACUCAAAAUCAUGCUUUUCCAGUCGUUUUAUGUUUAAUAUCAACAUAUUCAUGCUAUAAAUUGUAUAAUGCAAUAUUGAAUGAAUUAACAAGUGCUUAUUUAACAAGUGAAUUGGAAUGUGAAUUGUUAUUGCAAUCAUUUUAUUCAAAACCAAUACCAAAACCGGGUGUUUCAGCUGUUAUAUGUGUUUUAAAUAAUAGUCGAGUAUUCUUUUACGCAUGGCCAAAAGACAAUCGAAUAAAUCAUGACUAUUUUGCUGUACUACUUCGAAAAUUAUCACCAGUUAAUGUUAUUAAAGUGUUUUGUGCCAUGUUGAAAUCGAAACGAGUUAUUUGCUUUGCAAAAGGACUUUCGAUAUUAACAAAGUGUUGUCUUGGCCUUCAUGGUUUACUUUAUCCAUUUACUUGGCCUUAUCCAUUUGUUUCAUUGAUGCCAACUUUAUGGUGCAAAGAUAUUUGUGAAACACCAUUUCCCUUCUUUUAUGGGUUUUUGUAUGAUUCACUCCAAUGGGUGCGAGAAAAACAGAUCGAAGAUACAGUGCUUGUGGAUUUGGAAAAUAAUAAAUUGUAUACAGAGUUUGACGAUGCUGAUCUCAUUAACGUUUUACCAUCCUCCCUAUACCAUAUAUUGUUGCGUUCGCUCGAAUAUGUUGUACGAUUUCGUUUAUCAAAAAUGAAUGAGAAUUUAUUGAAUAUUGCCGUAUCAGAAGCAUUCUUACGAGUAUUUGUUGAAUUAUUAUAUAAAUUACCCGACUUUUAUCAACGUAACCGUACAACGUCAACCGAUGAUAACAGCAGUAAUUUUCAUUUUCAAAUAAAUAAAGACUAUUUUAGUAAGGACGCUGAUCAAGACAGCGGCAUUGUUAAUCUAUCCCCGACAAGUUCAACAACAACGUUAUCAUCGAUAACAGCAAUUGACACCUUGGAUUUAUCGUUAUCAUCCUGUUCCUCACCAUCAAGCUCAAAAUUAUUUGAUAAAACUCAAUUAGAUCCAAACCAUUUAAAUAAACCAUCAUUACCAAGACAAAAGUCAAUGAGAAAAUUUGAUUAUGAAUUUUUUUCGGACGAUUUUCUUAUAGCACAGUCACACAGAUCGUACGUUCCAUUUCUGAAUGAUUUUAUUCACGGCAUGAUGUUCAUGAAAUUUCUUGAUGAUUUCAAUUAUGAACGUGAUAUAGAACGAUCGUUAUUUUGUAAAAGAUUAUCAGAAUAUCGGCGUGAAAAAGUCUAUCAACAACAGCGAGAAGAAAAAGAUAAUGAAAGUAAUACGACAGCAAGUACGUUAACAAAUUUAUUUCGACAAACAUCAUCAUCAUUGGAUAAUAAAUCGGGUGAUGAGUUUCGAGAACAAAUUGAUAUAUUAGAAAAAUACGCAAAAGAUUAUGCUAAAGAAGUCAUGCAUUCAGUAAAUCAAUCAAACAAACAAUGA